UGUUGGUAGAUUACGGGUAUCUCCUCUCCAACUCGCCAGGGAAUAUCAACUUCGAGACAUCACUUUUCAAACUCACACAGGAAUUUUUGGACGUGAUGGACGGAGAGACGAGUGACAACUACGAGUAUUUCCGAACACUUAUCAUCCGCGGUUUUCUAGAAGCACGAAAGCAUGCAGACCGAAUUAUUCUGCUCGUCGAAAUGAUGCUCUCUGCGACGAAGAUGCCUUGUUUCAGUGGUGGCCCGCAGUACACCCUAGACGCCCUUCGAGAGAGAUUCAUGAUCGGACUUCCGGAGGACACGGUAGGUAUGUCACAAACGAA